CAAUUUUAAAGUCUAAACUAAAGCGGCUUAAUUGAAACGAUGGUUCGGUGCAGAUACAAAAACGCGAUUAACCAUGCAAAGCAUUCGCUUAAUCCAGAUAGAGAAAAACAGCCGAAAGGAAGUACAAUGCGUACUAAAGCGACCGUCAAACGACUUAAUAUGUACCGGAAUUUCAAGGCCAAAAGAGAUAAAAACGGAAAGAUUACCGACCAGCUCCAUUCCAAUCCACGCUGCCGUCUGGAACAGUGGCUCGAGUUGAGCCAAAUAGACGAUGGUUUGGUAGGCGCGUGGUUACACAUAACAUGCACAUUCAGGCAACACUCGUGUUAUUAGUCAGGAUACUUUGCAGAGUUUCAAGGAAGCAAUGAAGAUUAAAAACCCCUACGAGGUUAUUUUGCGUCAAACUCGCUUGCCUAUAUCUCUUCUAGAUGAGAAAAAGACGAAAACUAAAAGUGCUCUUCUGACGUCCGGGAGUUUCUCCUACGUGUUUGGUGACAAAGCUCAACGCAAAAGGCCUUCUUUGGGUUGUGAUGACCUCACGUCUCUUGUGCAACAAGUUGAGUCUAGCCAACAUUUGUACGAAUCAGCAGAAGACAGACAUAUGGUUCGUGAUAAUGAUGGUGUUCGCGAAUUAACACAAGACCCACACUUUAAAGCUGGACGAUCCAAAAGACUAUGGAAUGAAUUAUUUAAAGUUUUAGACUCUUCGGAUGUGGUACUUUACGUCUUGGAUGCACGUGAUCCAGUGGGGACGCGAUCCCCUUAUAUAGAGAAAUACUUAAAAACCGAAAAACCUCAUAAACAUUUUAUUUUCAUCAUUAAUAAAGUGGAUUUGGUUCCUGUAUGGAUAACAAAACGAUGGAAAGCUAUCUUAUCUGAAGAAUAUCCUACUCUGAUAUUUCAUGCUCAUAUGACUAAACCCUUAGGUAAAAUAGCUCUUGUGGGUCUUUUACGGCAGUUGGCUUCUCUUCAUAGUAAAGAACGACCGCAAAUAUCAGUCGGCAUUAUUGGCUAUCCAAAUGUUGGAAAGAGUAGCAUUAUUAAUGCUCUCCGAAAUAAGAAGGUAUGCAAUGUUGCCCCGCUAGCGGGUGAGACAAAAGUAUGGCAGUAUGUCACCUUGAUGAAAUCCAUCUUCUUAAUCGAUUGUCCUGGAGUAGUUUAUCCUGAUGGGAACACUGAAGCAGAAUUAGUAAUGAAAGGAGUAGUCAGAGUAGAGUAUUUACAACAACCCGAUCUGUAUAUCCGUGAUGUAUUGCAACGUGUUAAACCAGAAUUUUUACAUGCGAAGUACAAUUUACCGCCUUUACUGCCUAGUGAUGUUCAAAAGUAUUUACAUAAACAGAACUUGAAUGAAAUAAAAGAUAAUGCCAAUAAUAAUGAUAGUGAUAAUACUUCAUCCUUAUCACAGUCGUCUUUAUCGUGGGCUGAUUAUCCAGAAUUAUUUCUAGAAACUUUAGCUCGACAAAGUGGCAAAUUGUUGAAGGCUGGUGAACCAGAUUUAACCACUACCGCUAAACGUGUAUUGAAUGACUUUCAACGUGGUCGCUUGCCAUACUUUGUAAAACCACCCACGGAUUCUGAAGAACCUGAACAAAAUGAUGCUGUUGAAGAAUACUCAGAAGAAAUCAUCAAGGAUUUAUCAGUGGAUUUAUUGGAUGAUGAAAAGGAUCAAUCCACGAAUGAUAUCGCAUCUUCAGCUGACACUGGUUUCGCAGAAGAAAAUAUUUCCGAAACAGACAGUAGUGAUGCCGAGUUAGAUUCAAGUAAGGUGCCUGAUUUCGACCUGAAUGCUAAGGAUGAUGAUGGAGAUAAAACCAUAGACACUGUGAAAGAACCUUCACAAGUCUUAACGGCAAAACAAAAGAGAGGCAUGGAGAGAGCUUUACGACGUCAGAAAAAUCGUGCUGGUCGACAGUUUUACAAAGAGGUUCGUGAUCAGCGCCCUGGUAAAAAGUCUGGUCAGGAACAAAGGGAUCUGCGAAGAUUAAAUUUCCGAUCAAAAAGAAAUAAGAAACAUAAGUAGACUGAGAAUCAGUUCCAGUCAGUGAAAUGAUCCUGUAAAUAUAAUCAUUCUGUAUUAAAUUAUACUUUCAACUUGGAUUUACGUCUUUCUCAUGAAUUAUUUUGAAACUGUUGAUUAAAUGUGCGCUUUUUUAAAACGUUGAUGCUUACAACGGCUAAAACUAAUGUACAUGUGUGUGCAUACACUUAGUAGUGGUGGCCAUCAGCUCUUUACUUUUAUUUGGUUGAAAUUGGCCACUUCAUUACUGUGCUUAGUUUUUAUGAGUGUUUUUCGGGUUUAUAUGAAAUUUGUCUUCU